AUGCAGGCAUCGCUGUUCUCUGUUCUGUUUUGCCUUGUCGCUUUUGCUUUUACUCAGUUCGUCACGUCGCCAGCUGAUCUCAAAGCCAUACAAGUCCCCGGCGGUAUAAUUGUGCGCUUCAAAGAAGUUCCAAAUGGUGUAUGCGAGACCGAUGCGGGUGUGAAAAGCUUCGCUGGAUAUGUGGACGUGAGUCCGACCCAGCACAUGUACUUCUGGAUGUUCGAAGCUAGGGAGAAUGUUGCAUCAGCUCCGUUGAUUGUCAGACUGGAUGGAGGUCCUGGCGCGUCUUCUAUGAAUGGCCUAUUCAGCGAAAUUGGGCCCUGUCGCAUUACCGCCGAUGGAAAAGUUGUGGAUAAUCCAUAUUCAUGGACAGCGACCAGUAACGUUAUGUUUGUCGACCAGCCUGCAACUGUCGGCUUUUCCUUCACGACUCUAGUCAAUGGCACAAUAGAUCCCCAGACUGCGGAGAUUGUUCCUCAGCAAUGUACGAUGGCGGAUCCCUUGGUAUGA